UCUUGUUUAAGCCAAACGGGAAAUAAUAUAAUUUCCCGUUUGGCUUUAUAAUACUGGAAGGCAAUUGCCACAGCCGGAACUUAAGGGGUAAACAAACCAUAAUUAAACUCCAACAUAUACUUUUAGAACACAAAGAUCUUUAGGAAGUGAUAAUAAAUUAGGCACUUUCAUCAAUAUUUCAUGUCCUUUUCAGGGCAGGUACUUUCUUAAAGCUGCAAAAGGCCAUCGGCAAAAACGGAUAUAAUUUUCUUAUCCCAACGACACUCAAAAUAAGAUAUAGAUAUUGUAAUUUAUUAUCUAUCAUAAAGUUAUUGUCAACACGGUUUUCUCUGCUGAUAUGUAACAAAACGUGCGAAAAAAUUUUUAGUUAUUAGUAUAGUCGACACGAAUUUGCAUAUGAAACAGUUAAGAGCGAAAGCGCUGUUCAAAUUCUCACCGUUUUAAUUAGAAGUGUCCUGCAUGGUAAAAGUAAAAGCUUUCGUUAUCGCUAGCCACUCGAGAAGAAAAAGAGUCAAUCGAAACUGUGCACGAAAUGACUAAAUCGGCAAUAAUUGCCUUAAGCUUUGUAUUGGUUUGUUUGGUAGCCAUCCCGGGAAAUGGAUCGAUGGAUGAAGACGGUGAAAUCGAGAAGAUUGCUGAGCACUCCAUUGACAACGUCGAAAAAAGGAACGGUAGAGAUGGAAAACGUUUAGAAAGCUCUCAAAGGCAAUGGCGCAGGAAUUUUAAAGAAGCCAUGAACGGUGAAAGAAGAAGCAAGGUUGAAAAAGACUGGUAUAAGAAAGCCAAAAUCGCCAGAACUGACCAGAUUAAUAUGGAAAGAUUCAACAAGAUGCCCUCAGGUCCUAAUGUACGGUCGAUAAGUUUGGUUGAAUCCCGAUUGUACUUGAAGGAGAGACGUCUGAGGGAUAAAGUGACGUCUGAGUGUGACCGCGAGUUGGCAAGACACCGCAGAGGACUAAGAAGCGGCGCAAAUGUGAACAGGACUUCAACACCGAUGACGGCAAACCAGUCAGCAACGGUGACAUCGCAACCCCAAACAACACCAGCACCGCCACCGCCACCGCCACCCUUAUUCAUCAACUGCACCGGGAUUCAUUCCUGCAGAGGAAGGUGCACAGCCGGUAUGGAUUACGGAAGAAAAGAUGAGCUUAACGAAUGCCGUUGUGAUCCAUAUUGCACGUCUUUCAAAGACUGCUGCGCAGACUUCGACACUUUUUGCCCCGAGGUAGCGCGUGGUAGACCUCUGUUUCCCCCCCUCCAAUGGUACGAGUGUGUGAGCAACUUUCGAGUCUAUGAUAUCUGGAUGAUCACAGUGUGUCCAUGGAACUCGACCGAGAAAAGCGUCUCGCAGAAAUGCAUGUCAAAUGAAAAAAUGACGUCCCAGAAUUACGACAGCGUUAUCCCUGUGACCACCGCCGAAGGGAAGACGUUCAAGAACAGGCAUUGCGCCGCAUGUCACGGCGUCAAGACAAGCGACAUGAGGUUCUACGGUUUGGACAUGAAUUGUGAACUCUCACCACCGGAAGGCUUCUCAAGAACAGAAACCAUAAAGUUUCUAUUGGAGUAUUGCUCAUAUGUGACUUGGAAACCAACUGAUUCUCAACCGAGACGACGAUGCUACGACAUCAAGAACCCUUGUGAGAACAAGUUCUCAGAGUACCGUGACCUCUUCCACGUCUUCCCUCUUAGCGUCGUGUGGCACGACCGAGUCAAUUACAGAAAUAUCUACUGCGCUGCGUGCGAAAUGGUCGAUACAAAUAGCCCCCCACUCCUCUGCGGACCGUUGCCUAGAGGUGACACUAUGACAGGGCCCAGUAAACCCUUCUCUAUCGUCAUGAACAUCGGAGACGACCAGGACCCAAAUCCCAAGUUUCAAAAAGUGAAAAUUGAAUGUGACAUAGACGAAGUUUACGAUCCUUAUUUGGAGAUGUGUCGAAAGGCCGCGUUCGUGCCGGAUUCGAUACCAGGCUCCUCGCGCUUUGACGAGUUUCGCGUUGCAUUAUGGGUUACGCGAUUAUCCAAGAAUAGCGUGCCAAUUUCUUUUCUUUCUCAUGUUCUCAUCAUUGGGAGUUUAGCUGAAACCUUUGGCCUGAAUGUGACAACCAUAGGCAAUCUCGCGCGUGAGAUUAUUCGUGAUAUCGAUGUCAAUAUUUUUGUAUUUGAUGUGACAGUGGAAGAUAAUUCAACAGCAAAGAGGCGAAAACGCUCCAUGUCACGGACCUUCGACGAUCUGGUUCAAUUCAAGGAGCCAAUCGAAUGGCUUAUAGACAAUGAGACUUUCACAAUUCUCAAAGCCACCGUCAGACGACUCAGCUGCGUUAACGUUGAACACUACCCCCCUGGGGAAUACACUGUUACGCCAACGGGGGAGGUGUACGUUAACAAGACUGGAGACACCUUUAACAAGAAAGACUUCUACUCGAAUGAAACAUCCGAGAAAUCGGGUAUUUCACACAAAGUCCCUGUAGGAACUGUUGUGGUCUGCCGGAAGAGACUGGCUACUUCUGACAAUUGCACCGGAAGUUACAUUUUCAUAGAAAGCUAUGAAUAUGUUAUACUUUCCAACAAGUCUUUGUUCCAUAAUGCCACACGGAGAGUAUACCAAUUUGAUCAGUAUACCGUCAAUGAAAAUAAGACUGCUACUAUUUGUAGUAACUUCACAGACAAGUCUUAUACUAAGAAACAACGGAUAGAAAUAGGAGGGUCCUCUAAUGUUAAACUAGCAUUGACGGUGCUGACCUAUGUUGGACUGAUACUGUCAGUGGCUUGUCUGUUGGUUGUGGUAGUGACAUAUUCCUUGUUUAGUGAGCUACGUACGGCACCCGGUGUAAACCUGUUAAACUUGUCUAUCUCGAUUCUGUUGGCACAAUUCCUGUUUCUGGUCGGAUCCGGUCAAACCGGUUCUAAGGCUGGUUGCGUUUUCAUCGCCAUUGUUCUCCACUAUGCAUUCCUUGCCUCGUUUUCAUGGAUGUUGAUCAUAGCAUUUGACACAUGGCGGGCUUUUUCGUUUAGUGGCCAAUCAGCGAUGAGAUCAGACAAAGCAAAACAGCGUCAGCGAAUCAUGAAGCGUCUCGCCAUUGGCUAUCUCUCGGUAUUUGUUCUGGUUAUCAUUCUCACAGCACUGGACCAAUCAGGGGCUUUUGCUAUACGAUAUGGCGGCAGCAAAGGAUGCUGGAUCAACAAUGGUGAUGCUAAUCUCUACAUCUUUGUCAUUCCUGUUUCGCUGGCCCUGGUAUGGAACGCAGUAUUCUUCGUUUUGACAGUCAAAGCCAUCCGCGUUGCCAAGCAACAGUCACGUGCAGCUGUUAACGAGGGUGACCAAAAGCGUGACAUCGCCGUGUACGCCAAGAUUGCGUCCCUGAUGGGUUUCGCGUGGGUCUUUGGCAUUCUCGCCGCGUUUAUCUCCGAGUAUCUCAUGUUCCCGUUUGUGAUUUUCACGACAGCUCAAGGCGUUUUCAUUGCGGUGUCUUUUGUAUUCACCCGUCGCGUGUGGAAGCUGUACGCGCAGAAGUUCAGCUCCGAUGCGCAUUCCAGGUCGCUUCACAAAGAACAGGGGCGAAGUAAUGCUGCAUUCACCCCUAGCAAAACGAAGAUAACAGAGACACAAUUUUGACAUAGGACGACAAAAAACAGACACAGUUGUGACAUAGGACGACAACAACAAACACAGUUAUGACAUGGAACGACAGCAACAGACAGUUAUGGCAUAGAACGACAGCAACGGACACAGUUAUGACAUAAGACGACAACCGCAGACGCAGUUAUGACAUGGGAAGACAACAACAGAGACAAUAAUGACAUAGUACGACAACCGCAGACGCAGUUAUGACAUGGGAAGACAACAACAGAGACAAUAAUGACAUGGGAAGACAGCAACAGAGACAAUAAUGACAUAGGACGACAACCGCAGACGCAGUUAUGACAUGGGAAGACAACAACAGAGACAAUCCUGGCAUGGGAUGACUGGAAAGUUUGGGCAAAACAGACUAAAGCCAACAGUCAAAUAAAGAUAGAGUUAUUGACAAAUAUUGAGGACCGACAAGACUAGGGAAUAAAAAAAGGACAUAAAGACAGAUUUAAAGUUGUACAGUUGCAUUGCGGAUUGAAAUAUUUUGGCUUCAAUAUUAUUGAAGGGGAAAAAGCUGCCCAAGUGCCACGCCCUCUCUUUCGACGAAUACUAGAUCCUCUUCAAGUUCAAAGGAAUAGUAACGAAACAAAUUUCUGACAUAGGGACGGCUGGAUAGGGGAAAAAGACCAUGAAAACAAAUAUAAAGCUGACAGUCGAGCAAAAGGCAACAAGACACAAUUUAACAUAGGAUUUACAAGAUGGUCAAAUUCGUACACAAGGCGGGAAUGAAAAGAGGAAUUUAAAAAAUGACAACAUGAAAUAUGUUUCAAACAUUUAAUACAAAUAAGUUUGAUUUCGAAUGUACACAACUUAAAGUGAUUACAUAAUGUUUCUCAAGCAUAAAUGUUUUUUCGCUUAUUGGGCUUUGCUCUCAACCGAAUUUCUUCUCUUUUUCUGGUUGACCAGUUACCAUAAAUAUAUUAUAACCAUUUGACACAUAUAAGUUAUUUUAUGGUAUGCACAAUAUUUAAAGCGAUUACAUAUAAAUAACAUCGACAUUUCCCCUGUUGUUGAUAUAUUGGGUUUUGCCCUUUUUCCUUUAUACACUAAUAGUGAUUACAUGAAAUUUAUUAAAAACAUGCUGAUAUUGA